UUUCAGUACCAAAAGCAGUAACCCCGAGCUACACUCGGGCUUACCAUGCAGCGUUGCUCAGGGAUUCCCUGCAGCGCUUACUUUGUCCUUCGCUCCCGCGAUGUGUCCUCUGCAGCAUCCCCGGCCAUCUCCUCCGGCCGAUGCCGGCUUCCGUGUUCCAGUCCCUGUGACGUCGGGACGUACGGGCGCCGGAACAGGUGGCAAAUUUGAAAAUUAAAAAAAAUUACUUUUUUUUUUAAAGCUAUUAUUACAUAUGCUUUGUCCUGUGCCCUGCCUGCAUUUUGACUGUUCUUUCUG